GUUUGGUUUUGGACUUUGACCUUCUUCUCUCUGGUUUGUACUUUCAACUUGGGGCGAAACUCCAAAAGAGGAGAAGACCGUCGUAGCUCUCCGAUGGCGACCAGAGGAAUCGUUUCCGUUUCGCGGAUUUUGACGGUGGUGUUGUUUUUGUUGACGGUUAAUUACGGCGAAGCUAUAUGGCUGACGAUUCCGGCGUCGGGAGGGACGAAGUGCAUCUCUGAGGAGAUACAGAGCAACGUUGUCGUCUUGGCUGAUUACUAUGUCGUCGAUGAGCAUAAUCCUGAAAACACUCCGGCUAUUAAUUCCAAGGUAACGUCUCCUUAUGGGAACGAUCUUCACCACCAAGAAAAUGUAACGCAUGGUCAGUUUGCGUUCACAACUCAAGAAGCCGGGAACUACUUGGCUUGCUUCUGGAUCGAUUCGAGUCAUCCGCAAUCCAAUCCACUAACCCUUGGGAUUGAUUGGAAGAUUGGUAUCGCAGCCAAAGAUUGGGACUCUGGUGUUGAGCUUCAGAUGAGGAGGCUUGACGGUUUAGUGCAGGCGAUUCGUGAGAACAUAGACUAUAUAAGGAACAGGGAAGCUGAGAUGCGUGAAGUGAGUGAAGCAACCAACUCAAGAGUGGCUUGGUACAGUAUCAUGUCACUUGGGGUUUGCCUUUUGGUUGCUGGUACACAGAUAUGGUACCUGAAGCGAUAUUUUCACAAGAAGAAACUCAUCUAA